UCAUUCAACCGGCGUGCACGAACUCGCUUAGGCUUGUACACUCUCCGCUCUCUCUGUUUCUGUUCCUACAAUAAUGCGACGCUCAAAUCCCCCCAUUCAUUUCCUCGCCGCCACCGAGACCGCCACCUCAAUGUCUUCGCACGCACCCCACCGAGGACGCGGCAGAGGAUUCUCCGGCCGCCCCUACUCCGGCGGCAGAGGCCCCUUCGUCACCGGCGACGAGCACCUACGCUCCGUCCGCGACGCCAAUUUAGGACUCCGGCGAGGCGAGAGGGGAACCUUCCCGAACCAAACGCCGCACCAUCACAAUCCGCCGUAUAAUCCGAGGCAUCAUCCACCGCCGCCACCUCACCAUCACCGGCCUCAGUUUCCUCAUCCUCCGCCGCCGCAGUUCCGUCCGCCUCAGCCGCAGUUUCGGCCGCAGCAGUUCCGUCCACCUCCGCAGCAAUUUCGGCCGCACUUUCGUCCGCCGUCGCAAUUUCGGCCCUCGGAUUAUCGAGACUGGGAGCUUGCUCUGACGCCGCCGCCGCCUCCAAAUUCCGAGCGAUUUAAAGUGCUUUCCUAUAAUAUAUUGGCUGACUACCUUGCUUUGGACCACCGGAACCAACUUUAUUUUCACAUACCUAAAUACAUAUUGGACUGGCAGUGGAGAAAGAGAAGCAUAAUUUUUGAGCUGGGGUUGUGGUCUGCCGAUAUCAUGUGUUUACAGGAGGUUGAUAGAUUUCAUGAAUUGGCAGAGGAGUUGAAGCCUAAGGGAUACAGCGGCAUCUGGAAGAUGCGUACAGGUAAUCCAGUUGAUGGUUGUGCAAUCUUUUGGCAAAAUUCAAGGUUCAAUUUGUUAUAUGAAGAAUGCAUCGAGUUUAAUAAGCUAGGACUUAGGGAUAAUGUGGCUCAACUAUGUGUACUAGAGUUCAUUAAUCGAAAUAGCUCUCUCCCAUCCAGCUUGACAGGCUCUAGUAAAGUUGUGGUUUGUAACAUUCAUGUGCUAUACAAUCCUAACAGGGGAGAAAUUAAGCUUGGCCAGGUCCGAGUGCUACUUGAUAGGGCUAAAGCUGUUUCUAAACUCUGGAAUGACGCCCCUGUAGUUAUCUGUGGGGAUUUUAAUUGUACCCCUAAGAGUCCGUUAUACAACUUUAUAUCAGAACAGAAGUUAAAUCUGUCAGGAAUAGAUAGGAAUAAGGUAUCAGGACAAGCUUCUGCUAUAAUUCGUCCACCAAAGCAAUAUGGUCCUAUUUCUAGUGAAAUAUCUGGUAAUGGUUCAGUCCAGGUCACAUCCAUUGAAGGUGAUAAGGAAGUUAUUAAACAAAAUAAUUCUCAGUCAGGCACGAGGGACCUUGACAUAUGUAACAGUUUGGAUGAUCAACAUACUCAGACUGUUUUGGACAUGUCUGUUAAGUCUUCUACAAAUCUGGAGUGUGGAAAGGAAAGUGAUGCAUAUGAAGGAAAAGAUACACAGGAAACUGCCGUUGACCAUUCUAAGAUCUUUUGUGAAGUUGGUAGCAUAAAAAAACCUGAUCCUUCUUAUAGUGAAGGUAGGCUCCAUAUGGAUGAUGUAAAUGGUGAGAAUCAUGACAUUACACCUGUGACCUCCUCAGCUCCUGAAGCAGUUGAAAGUGAUACGAAUAGGAUGGGUAGCAAUGAACAUAUACCAGAUGCUGUCCCAACUUCAAAUAAAGAAUUAUUAAGCCAAAAAUCCAACCUACAUGUCCCUGAAGGGAAUAAAAAUGUGGAGUUUAACUGUUCCCCAACCUCUCUCCAGGAAGACGAUCAGUCUUCCAGGGUGAGGAUUGAUCUUGAGUCAAUAGAUCUAGACAAUUUAGAAAUUUCUUCAACUAAACCAGCCAGCCAGCCUUCAGUUUCCAAUGCAUUUGAAGUCCCUUGUACAGAGUAUGGAGAUAGCCCAUCUCUUGAGAAAAUUGCUAAUGACCAAAAUAACAGAUCAUCAACCUCAUGUCUAGUUGACAAAUCACAUCAAUUGUCCAAUAUCAAAUUUCCACUAGAUGAAAAAGAGAGAUCAUUCCUCGAGGAGAUAGAAAAAUCCAUUACUAGCGGUGAAAAUGUUGGUGAAGAUCGCAGCAGUUUCAUAUCUGCCUUACAUAAUGCUGAAGGAGCCACUCUUGAUCUUGGCCCAUCAACACCAAUGAAGUCAGAUCUUGAAAAUUUAUAUCAAUAUGAGAAAUUAGAUUCUGCUUCCGACAACUUGGUGCUGUCCAUAGAAAUCAAUGAAGUGAAGGAUGACUCUUCUCCAAGUCAGAUUUCUACCUCUAUUGAUGCAGAGAGAGCUACUUAUAAUCCGUCACUGUGGACCCCUGUGGAAAUAGAAACUGCAACUGGAAAUGCUGAGUGCACCUUCUUGGAGCACCCUUUACUGCUUAGGAGCACGUACACUGAAGCUAUGGAUUGUUCUGGGACUAGAGAUCCCCAUGGAGAGCCCCUGGUGACCAGUUAUAAUAGGCGCUUCUUGGGAACUGUUGACUACAUUUGGCGAUCUGAAGGUCUUCAAACAACCAGAGUUCUUGCUCCGAUGUCUAAACUUGGCAUGGAAUGGACUCCGGGAUUCCCAACAAAGAAAUGGGGCAGUGAUCAUAUUGCUUUGGUUACCGAGUUGGCUUUCUUGAGAGAUGGUACCGACAUCAGCAACAAUGUCAAAUAGCAGUUUAUUCGACAACCUGUGGGCAUUUGCCAUUGUUAGAUCAUUGGAUGUUGUGCCUAGGCUUGGCCAGGUUUGGACACCCUCAAGUGACCAAGUGUCAAAUGAAAAAUGUGGGUGUAUCGACCUUGCGUGGGACUUUAACUCAAAUCAACAGUGGAUCUUUGGCGCUCUUUUUUACUUGGGAGGAUCCAAAUUCUGCCCUAAUUUACCCCCUUCAUGUUUUAUGUUGUACGGGAGUUUAAAGGUUCUUCUGCGAAAGCUGAGAGCCUGAGACGUGUUUCUUUGGAAUCAAGUAUUUAUGUUGAUCCUGAAGUCAAUCCUGUAAAUUUAAUAAAAACAUUUUAGCUCAUGAUAUACCAAUCUAAGGUUUUUUUUAGCUGUUAGUUAACUAGGUUAAGAUGUGAUAUUUGUAACCACUUUUUGUUUUUUAUUUUUAUAAAAAAAAAUUAGUUAAUAGCGUUCUAU